AUGAUUAAGGCUUCCAAAUGUAACAAGCCUCGGGCCUUGUUUUUGGUUAGAGUUUCUAUACCUAGAACAUUUAUAAGAAAUGCUACAUCUGCUGUACCAACCACGAUAAAAUUAAAUGAUUUAGCUUCAUUGCCACCAAUUACCAAGUCUCUACCAACAAACUUGCCCUUUUUGAUGCCUGAUACAUUACAAAGUUUACUUCGUUUUGAUUCAGAAAAGGAAAAACAACCUUCAACGGAUAAGUCAAAUGACAAAGACAAACCUAGCCGAAAAGAGAAAGGUAAAGACAAAGAAAAGGAAAAUGAAGAGAAGAAAGAUAUAAAUAUGGAUGAAAAAUAUGAGAUUAAUGAAGAAACGGAUACAAAACCAACCAUUGAUCCAAACAAUCCUGUAUCUUCUAAGUCUAAUAUAUCGUCCAGUAGUGGUGGUGAUAACAAUAAUAAUAACAACAACAACAACAACAAUAACGAUUCAGAUGGCAAAAAUGAUGAUGGUUCACCCAAAGAUAAAGAGUUCUUGUCACCCCUGGACUCUGGAUUGCACCCACCAUUUUUGGCUAUUGCCAUGAAAGACAGACCAUUUUUACCAGGUGCGACACGCCAUCUCCACGUUUCUGAUCCUGAAGUAAUAAAAUGUGUGAACCAUAUGAUUAACAGUAACAUCAAGAGUCCAUAUUUUGUUUUAUUUCAUGUCCGUGACACUAAUUCUGAAGAUGCUGCUUUAGAUGUAAUUAAGGAUAGGGAUUUUGUCCAUGAAGUUGGUACAUUAUGUCAAAUUAUCAAAACAACUGGGAGCGAAAUUUUGGUGUAUCCUCAUUAUAGAGUCAAAUUAGUAGAUAUCAGUACUCCAAAUUCUAGAAGUGAAAGUAUUGAGAAGGAACAAGACAAUUCUCAAACGUCUUAUUUAAAGAAGUUUGAGGUAUCGUAUGCUGUAACACAACAGUUAAAGGAUGAGCCUUACGACGAGCAAAGCAUAACCAUCAAUGCAUGGACUCGAAGAAUCAAAGAGUUGUAUGAAAAACUUGCCCCAAAGUAUGAUCAACCUGAAAACAAAGAAGAGAUUAUGAGCAAUCCUUCCAUGCUUGCUGAUUUUAUUGCAAGUAAAGUUCACGCAAAGCCUGAACAGAUUCAAGAAAUUUUGGAAUCACUGAAUGUUGAGACUAAAUUGGAGCUUUCUUUACAAUUGUUGCAAGUAGAAGCAGACGCCGAUGAAAUGAGACAAACAGCUCUUAAAAAUAUAAGAGAGCGUACAGAGAAAGCUUAUGCACAGAGUUUAAUCAAAGAAUAUACCAAGGAAUUGUUGAAGGCAGCUGGUAUUGGUGAGAAUUCAAAAGUGCACAAGUUUGAUGAAAGAAUCAAACAUCUCAAAAUGCCCGAAGAGGCAAUGAAAGCGUACAAAACAGAAAAGGAAAGAUUGGGAACACAAAGUGACAUGGAGCAAAACGUUGUUGAAAGAUAUUUGGACUGGUUAACCCAGAUUCCAUUUGGUGUUUACACUAAAGAUUCCUUUAAUGUAAAGAAGGCCCGUGAAAUUUUGGACAGAGAUCAUUAUGGUUUGAAAGAUGUGAAAGACCGUAUUUUAGAGUUUAUCUCUGUAGGUAAAAUUUCCGGGAAUGUCGAUGGUAAGAUUUUGUGUUUGGCAGGCCCUCCUGGUACAGGUAAAACUUCGAUUGCCAAAUCUAUUGCUGAGGCAUUAAACAGAAAAUACACUAGAAUCGCUGUCGGUGGUGUUCAAGACGUACAUGAUGUUAAAGGUCACAGGAGAACUUAUGUUGCAUCUAUUCCUGGUAGGAUUGUGACUGCAUUGACUCAAGCUAAAACUUCGAAUCCAUUGAUGUUGAUAGAUGAAAUUGAUAAAUUAGAUACUACAUCACAUGGUGGUGCUGCGAGGGCAUUUUUGGAGAUUUUAGAUCCUGAACAGAAUAAUUCUUUUGUCGAUAAUUUUAUUGAAGUGAAAGUAGAUUUAUCAAAAGUUUUAUUUGUUUGUACAGCAAAUUACCUUGGCUCCAUUCCGGGCCCACUAAGAGAUCGUAUGGAAAUAAUUGAAGUUAACGGGUACACAAAGAAUGACAAGAUUGAAAUCACAAAGAGACAUUUAAUUCCUGCAGCCGCAAAGAAGGUUGGAUUGGAUGAAGGUCGCGUAGUGAUCCCUGAUGAAACUAUUUCCAGAUUAAUUGACAAGUACUGUCGUGAAAGUGGUUUGAGACAUAUCAAGUCUUUGAUCAAUAGAAUUUUCAGUAAAGCUUCCAGAAAAAUUGUAGAAGAAUUGGAAGAAACUGAUGUUGAUAGUCACAACAAAGAUACAGUCGAAGGAACUCUUGUUGCUAAAGAAAGUGAGAAAGUAAUAUCCGACAAAGCCAAGAUUGAUACUGAAAACUCACCAAUAGAAUAUAUCCAAAGCAAUACUGAAGUUAAAGCAGAGACAACAACAGAAAGCCAACAAGAACAAGAAAAAGAAAAAGAAAAAGACGAAGAAAUAAAGAAAUUGGAUUUGCCAGCAGAUUUGAAAAUAGAAGUUAAGCCAGAGACAUUGAAGGAUUUUGUUGGACCAGAAAUUUACAUAAAGGACAGACUUUACGAAACUUUGAAUCCAGGUGUAGCAACUGGGUUGGCCUAUAAUACAUCUGGAGAUGGUGAUGCAUUGUAUAUUGAAUCCAUUUUAACAGAUUCCAUUAGUUCCGACCUUGGAAAUGCCGGAUUACAUGUUACUGGGUCAUUAAAGGAUGUGAUGAAAGAAUCUGCAUCUAUUGCAUAUUCUUUUGCCAAGCAGUUUAUGGUAAGACAGUUCCCUGAUAACAGAUUCUUUGAAGCAGCUCACAUUCAUGUUCAUUGUCCAGGAGGAGCAAUUCCAAAAGAUGGACCAUCAGCUGGUAUUGCCUUUACUUCAUCAUUGGUUUCUUUGGCUUUGAACAAAUCAUUACCAAACGAUACUGCGAUGACUGGUGAAAUUACGUUAACUGGUAAGGUGUUGGCUAUAGGUGGUUUACGAGAAAAGUCGUUAGGUGCCAAAAGAGCUGGUUAUACCAAAAUCAUUUUUCCUAAAGAUUGUGAAUACCAGUUGGAUGAGAUCCCAGACGAAGUAAAGGAAGGACUUACUUAUAUCCCCGUGGAAUGGUACAGCGAAGUUUUUGAACAUUUGUUCCAGGGAAUCUCUAAAGAAGAAGGAAACUCAGUUUGGAAAGAAGAGUUUGCCAAAUUAGAAGACAAGAAAAAGAGUAAAAAAACAAAUACCAAAUAA